CGCCCGAUGGUUUUCUGGGAAUUUUCGUGUGUUUUUUCAGCGGCGACUCUUAAAGCCUCAGCCUCCCGCCCUUCACUCGCUCUCUGCUCAUCCACGGAUCGACUCGCCCUGUACACUGUACGCUGUACGAUGCCCCUGCGGUAGUCCCCAUAGCGCCAUCCCCGUCUGUCAUUUCUGGAGCCCUAGCGACACUUCCCCCGCAGCAGCCAAGCAACCUCACCACAGCGCCAGCGACCACGCGACCACAGCGACCUCACCACAGCACCACAGCACCACAGCGACCAUCGCGGCCACUCACCACAGCAACUCGUCCACCGCAGCCAUGGCCCCCAAAGACGCGUCCCAAUGGCCCCCCGCAGCACUCCACGAAAGCGCCAUAGAGUCCGGUUCGAACCACGAUGUUGCCGAUGCGACCCUGGAGACCCUGGGCUACACCCCCGAGCUGUCUCGCAACCGAUCCACAUGGAACGUCGUGUUCAUGUCCUUUAUCCUCGCCUCCGUCCCCUACGGCCUCUCUACCACCUUCUACUAUGCCCUCGCCGGCGGCGGUCCCGCGAAUAUCAUCUGGGGCUGGGUUCUCGUAUCCCUGAUCAUCCUGUGUGUAGCGGCCUCGCUGGCGGAGAUCACCUCGGUGUUCCCCACGGCUGGCGGUGUCUACUAUCAGACCUUCGUCCUCUCGCCCAUCUGGUGUCGUCGUAUCUCGUCGUGGGUCUGCGGCUGGGCCUAUGUCGCAGGGCAGAUCAUGAUCACCCUCGCCGUGAACUUUGGGACAACCCAACUCUUCAUUGCCUGCCUGAAUGUCUUCCCCGGAAAGGAAGAAGGCAUGGGCUUAACGGACACCUGGGGCGCCUGGCAGACCUAUGUGAUCUUCCUUGCGGUGACCGUUGUUUGCCAUGCGAUCCCGGCUUUAGCAAAUAGGUGGCUCCCUUUGCUGGAGUCUUUUGCCAUCUUCUGGACCCUGGCGGGUGUUAUCGCCAUCGACGUCUGUCUCCUGGUUCUUGCCAGAGAGGGCAGACGCAACGCCAAAUGGGCGUUUGGCCACUUUGAGCCCCAGACCGGAUGGCCCGAUGGCUGGUCUUUCUGUAUUGGCCUUUUGCAAGCUGCCUAUGCGACCUCGUCCACGGGAAUGAUCAUCACGAUGUGCGAGGAGGUCCGCCAACCGGCCGUCCAAGUGCCCAAGGCCAUGGUCGGAACCAUCUGUAUCAACCUCAUCGCCGGUCUGGUCUUCCUGAUUCCGGUCGUCUUCGUUAUGCCCGACUUGACCUACCUAGCCAACCUUGCAUCCGGCCAGCCCGUCCCGGCCAUCUUCGCCUCGGCCAUUGGAAACUCCGUCGGAGCGUUCCUGCUGCUCCUCCCGCUCCUCAUCCUGGGUCUCAUUUGCGGUAUUGGCUGUGUUACUGCGACGUCCCGCUGCACAUGGGCGUUCGCUCGUGACGGUGCCAUUCCCGGAUCCCAGUGGUGGCGCACCGUGAACAAGAAGCUCGACAUUCCCCUCAACGCCAUGAUGCUGGGCAUGGUUAUCGAGCUGCUCUUUGGCUUGAUCUACUUCGGAUCCACCGCUGCGUACAACGCCUUCUCCGGUGUUGGUGUCAUCCUCCUCACGCUCAGCUACGCCUGCCCGAUCGCCGUCUCCCUGAUCCUCCGAAAACGCGAGGACAUCAAGCACGGCAACUUCGAUCUCGGCGCCCUCGGCGUCUUCUGCAACAUCGUUGCCCUGCUGUGGACUGUCAUCGCCAUCCCCCUCUUCAGCAUGCCCACGCUCAUGGAAGUCACCCUCGAAUCCAUGAACUACGCCUCCGUUGUGUUCGUCGGCUUCGUCGCCAUGUCUGCGGUUUGGUACUGGGUCUGGGGACACAAGAACUACGUUGGCCCUCCGACUGAGGCGGUUGACCCUGAGGUUGAGCGCACGUCAACGCCCUCGGAUACCCCGGCCAAGACGACAAAGAAUAUUUAAUUAAUGAACAGGGACAGGUUAUUUAGUUCUUGAGCUGGCCGAUUGGCGGACUGGCGUUAUCUACCAACUGCGGGUGCGGUUGGCAAAUUCUAUUGUAAAUAACUAACUCUGCAUAGCAUUUAGCAUAUCAAAUACACGUGAACCAACAGCC